UGCUCGUGCAGAGCUGUCUGCUAGCUUCCCGGCUACAGCUCAUUAAAAGUUGUCCAGAAUGUUGUGCAGAGGCUGAGGCUGGUGCUUCCAGUUCCGCAGACGGGUUGUUUAGGUCACAUGCUCGUCAAUACCUCCGUGGAUAUCCUGACAAGCGAGUCUCACUUCCUUUAAUUCACGGGACAGUGGCUCAUCUUCCCCUCAGCGGAUAGAGGAGACCGGGUCCGGAUCCGGGACAGACACCCUGAGACCCCCGUACCAUGCACUGAGGCUGCGGGCUGUGAGUGACGGAGGAUGGGGCUUCUGGACAGAGCUGCCCUCACCUGCAUCCUGACCCUCAGUCUGGGAUGGUUCCACGUGUUCGCCCUCAAAUCUCAACUUUUUAGCAGGUUUGGGGAACGGUCGACCCCGAGUGAGACCCCCAUCAGCUAUGAGACAUUCUACUUCGACCAGAAGAUUGAUCAUUUUGGAUUCCUCGAGGAUGGCACUUUCAAGCAGCGCUACCUCGUCUCUGACAAACACUGGCAUCAGUCCGGUGGUCCGAUCCUGUUCUACACCGGCAAUGAAGGCGACAUUACCUGGUUCUGCAACAACACUGGCUUCAUGUGGGAAAUUGCAGAGGAGUUGGGCGCCAUGCUGGUUUUUGCAGAACAUCGUUACUAUGGAGAGUCCCUGCCAUUUGGGCAAGAGUCUUACAGUGACAGCAAACACCUGAACUACCUGACCUCAGAACAGGCCCUGGCGGACUUUGCGGUUCUGAUUCAGAACAUGAAGAACAUGGUACCUGGAGCUCAGAACAGUCCUGUCAUCGCUGUCGGAGGCUCCUAUGGAGGGAUGCUCGCAGCCUGGUUCCGGAUGAAGUAUCCCAGUGUAGUAGUUGGAGCUCUGGCAUCCUCAGCUCCAAUAUGGCAGUUCCCUGGUAUGGUGCCAUGUGGUGCCUUCUACAAAAUCGUAACACAGGACUUUGCCAAAAGCGGCCAUAACUGUGAUGCGAACAUCAGAAAGUCAUGGAAAGCAAUUAAUAAUAUUUCCUCUACUGCAUCUGGUCUUCAGUGGCUGUCGGAGGUGUUCAGUCUCUGCACUUCUCUUAAAAACAAAGCAGAUGCAGCGGCGUUCAAGGCCUGGCUCCAGGAGACAUGGGUGAAUCUGGCGAUGGUCGAUUACCCAUAUGAGGCUAAUUUUCUGGAGCCACUUCCUCGAUGGCCGAUCCAGGUGGUGUGCAAGUACCUCAGUUUUGAUUCCCCGGUGUCGGACUACCAGCUGCUACACGGCGUCUCCCAAGCAGCUAAAGUCUACUACAACUACACCGGAAGCACCUCCUGUCUUAACAUAUCUCAGACGGCGACUGGCAGCCUGGGUGCCCUCGGCUGGUUUUACCAGGCCUGCACUGAGAUGGUGAUGCCCAUGUGCACAGACGGCGUGCAGGACAUGUUUGAAGCAGAUGAGUGGAACUUCCAGGCCUUCUCUGAUGAGUGCAGCGCUAUGUUCGGUGUCAGGCCUCGGGCUGAAUGGGCAGGAACGGUGUACGGGGGGAAAGACAUCGCCUCCCACAGCAACAUCAUCUUCAGUAACGGAGGCCUGGACCCGUGGUCUUCCGGGGGGGUAACUGUUAACAUAUCUGCCUCUGUGGUCUCCAUCCUGAUCCCUGAUGGAGCUCAUCACCUGGACCUGCGCUACAGAAACGACAAAGACCCGCCCUCAGUUCGUGCAGCGCGAGCGUUGGAGCUGCAGUACUUUAGAGAAUGGAUCAAACAGGCGAAAAAGGUGAACUGAUCGCAUUCAACCAACGGCUUCUCGGCGCCACACGGGGUAACGGGGAUGACGAAGCUUUAAUUCACUGGACACGGUGGUUCUCACAGUUGCUCUUUUUACGCCAAAGGUUCUAUCUUUGUUUGCUGAAGGAUUU